AUGGGGAGCAAUGUAGCUACAACUAGCUCCAUGCCUGAUCGAAACACCGGUGGGAGCACCCGUUUGCCUCCACCGCCACCUCCUUCCGGGUCUGGAGCAGGAACCAACAUACCGUCCGGGGGCAGAACAUCAGCUUCGGUGUUUCAAGCUAGGGUUUCAACCCCAAGCACAGACGAAUACCAAAGGACGGAUGCUGAUCCUGCAGCUCUCCGCACUAACCUCGCUCGGAGCCUAAGGACCAAUGAGCGACCUAUUUCGCCAGCUAGCUGGGAAGACGACCGAGCUCGGUCUCACCAGGAACCUGCUCGCCGAGUAUCUAAUAAUGACCCAAAUGUCCUUCCCUUCGAGGGACCUGACGCAAUUCGCAGGUACAUGGAGCGAACCCACGCAGCUCUCCAGAAAUUGGGAGCUCAAGUUCACAAGGUAACGAGCUCAGCUCCCGAAAUCGAGAGCUUAAUUGAGGAGACUCGUGGAACUCCGUUCACCGAUAGAAUUGCCAACUCUUACAUAAGAGAUACUCGAAAAAUUAAGAUUCCUGAAUACGAUGGGAACGCAGACCCAAAGGCCUAUUUAAGAGCCUUCCGAUUAGCUAUCGUUAAAGCUCACUUCACAAAGGAAGAGUGUGAUGCAGGAUAUUGCAGAACAUUUGCCGAAAACCUGAUCGGAACAGCUCUCGAAUGGUUCUCCAGCCUCGAGCCGAACUCUAUAGACAGUUUCGAUCAAUUGGCUAACGCCUUUAUGAAGCAAUAUUCAACUCACAUCCUGAAACAAGCGUCUGAGGCUGACCUCUGGAAGAUCAGACAAGGACUGGGAGACUCACUGCGAGUCUACAUCGAAAAGUUCAGAGCAGUAAGAACUAAACUCUCGAAUCCCAACGAUCAGGUAGCCAUUGAGGCUCUUAGGAGAGGUCUCUGGUAUAAAUCAGGUUUCUUCUCGGAGCUAACGCUAAAUCCCCCUCCAACUAUCGACGACGCCCUCCAUAAGGCCUCUAGAUACAUUACCUUGGAGGAGGAAAUGGCAGCAUUAGAUAAGCUCCACAGAAAACCCCAGAGUCACCCGAAAGGCGAAGCCUCCGAUGGAAAGGGACCUCACAAAAGAGGUAGCUCCCGAAAUAAUCAGACCCAGGGAGAACAUUCUUACGUAGUCGAGGAAGACAAGGAAGAAAAACCUGUCGCCGCGACAGCUAAAGCCCCCUGGUCCAAAGGUUAUGACGAGAGCAAACAUUGCUCUUACCACGAUCGAAAGGGACAUUCAACCGAAGAAUGUUGGGACCUCCAACGACAACUGGCUGCUAAAUUCGCAGCCGGAGAAAUAAAAGAUGUGGACCUCAAAAAGCCACAACCUUAUCAGAAGAGAGGUCCCAGAGAUAGCUCUCCAAAACGCGAGAGGUCACCUGAAAAAGAAACAGACUCACCACCCCCAGCUCCCAAAAAGAGAGUCGAUAUGAUCCUUGGAAAGUUUCCACAAGGAAAAAGCCUACAAAUCGAGGCCCUCUUGAGUAAACCACCUCCCCAAUCGAGCCCUGGCUCAAGGAUCGAUUACAUCCUUGGAGGGUCCGAUGUGUGUCAAGACUCCGUUAACUCUAUUAAAAGUCACGUACGGAAAGCUGUGUCAAACACUCAGUCCAAACCGACCAAGCCUGAGUCUAACACUAAGAUCUCUUUCUGGGAGAGUGAGACAUUAGACCUCGAUAGACCUCAUGACGAUGCCCUUGUCAUAACAUUAAAUAUAGCAGGGUACGAGGUACCUAAGCUCAUGAUCGACACCGGAAGCUCCGUCGAUCUUAUUUUCUACAACGCACUAAAGGGAAUGGAAAUAGACGACUACGAAAUUGUCGACCAGAAAUCCAACCUCGUAGGUUUCUCAGGUGAAACAGCCACCUCAUUGGGAACAAUUAAGCUCCCAAUUAUAGCUGGCGGAGUCAUGAAAAUGACCAACUUCAUAGUUGUCGACAAACCAUCCCCUUUCCACGCAAUCCUCGGAAGGCCUUGGAUUCAUAAGAUGAAAGCAGUAGCUUCAACUUAUCACCAAUGCGUGAAAUUUCCAACAACCAACGGAAUAGCUACCAUACACGGUAGCCAAAAGAUUUCAAGGAUCUGUUACCUGGGAGGAUUCGAGAUCAUAAAAGAAUCCCCCCAAUAG